UCUAUAAUAAAAUUAAGUAAAUUAAAUAAUUUUUUUUCUUACAUUACAUACUUACACAAUAUUAUCAUCCGAUGUAUCGUAGCAUAGUUAAAAUUAGUUCCUAAUUUAUCCGCGACGGAAUAACAAUAUAGUAAUUUUCUAGAGACUUUUAGAAAAUCACUAACAUUACGUAACUAACUUGAAAAGAGAGCGCUUAAAGCAAUGCGACAAGGGAGACCUCUAGGUGUAAAUUAUAAAUACAGGGUGACUUCUUUUUUUAUGUUACGGCUUACGUAUCAUCCAGUUCAUGUGUAAAUUAUAAAAAGAACUCAAUAAAGUUCAUUGUUACUGUUACCUUUUGUGGAAUUCGCCGAAGUCUACCCGCUACACAGUCUUUUCGAUCUAGAAAAUUUGUCAUCAUGGGUCGUAUGCACGCACCUGGAAAGGGUAUAUCCCAGUCAGCUCUCCCUUAUCGUCGGAGUGUACCAACUUGGUUAAAACUAACUCCUGAAGAUUGCAAGGAACUUAUUUAUAAAUUAGCAAAGAAAGGAUGUACUCCAUCCCAAAUUGGUGUUAUACUUCGUGAUUCCCAUGGAGUUGCCCAGGUAAGGUUCCGUACUGGGAACAAAAUAUUACGGAUUAUUAAAAGUAUGGGCCUUGCUCCGGAUUUACCAGAAGAUUUAUAUCACCUGAUUAAAAGAGCAGUUGGUAUCCGGAAGCAUUUAGAAAGAAAUCGCAAGGAUAAAGAUAGCAAAUUUCGGUUAAUUCUCGUUGAAUCGAGAAUUCAUCGUCUUGCAAGAUAUUAUAAGAUGAAGGGUUCGCUUCCACCUAAUUGGAAGUACGAGAGUUCUACAGCUAGUGCUUUGGUGGCUUAAUCUAUUUUACUAUAUCGAUAUACAUGAUAUUAUUAAUAAACAACUUUUGUGUGGAUUUAUGUACACUUGUAAAUAUUUUUUUAAUUUUUGAUCUGUACUAGUCCAAUCAGACUGCCAUUUAGAACUAUUAUUUUGUCGUAAUAAAAACGUAUUUAUUAUUAUAUUAAAACACUGAAAUGUCGACUAAAUAAUUUUUCGAUUAAUAAUCAUAUAGAAUCGAUCGAAUAUUAUGAAUUCUUAUCUCAAACCUUCAUCAUAUUUCAGUUUGCAUGAGAAUUACGAAUACGAAUGGUAUUAACACGAUAUCAUUAACACGAGCAUAAUUUCCAAUCAUCGAUGAAAAACGAGCUUUAAUUAUAAUCUCCAAAGUUUUAUAUAAAUUGUUAUCACGUAUCUAUUUUAUAUUAAUAUAAUUAAUACAAUUGUAGAGGUUAUAUCGAUUAACGCCAAAAAGUAAAUAUUUAUGAUUUUGUAACUCGCGCGAAACGUGUAUUUUUUAUGCAAUAUUAUUUUAUAGACGUAUUUCUAUUUUCAUGUUAUUUUAUUGCAAUAUAUACAAUUUGUAUUGUGUUAUUUUUUCAAGGAGAAAUAUACUCUAUCAAAAUACACGAUAUUUGCGCAGAGAAUUAUUUUGAAACUCGAUGUACUGUUAAUAAUAUAUUUUAUUCUGUGUAUUUUA